CAUCUGUUUAUUAAAUGUUGCAAAAUUUUAUCGUAAUGGUAAUUAAUUUAAUUAUUUACAUUAUUUGCAUCUGAAGCUAAAAUUAAAUACGGUAGACAACGGUUAUUUAAUGAUACUCACUUGCUUGGUUGCUUGCAGAAGACAUUGACACUUCAAACAGGUAACUAGUCUUAGAAACGAAUAUAUUUAAUUUAAUAAUAAAUAAUUAUAUUGAGUACUUUCUUCGAGAAAAUAAAGGUAACCUUUUUUAAAUCAUUGAGAAAACGUGUCACCCAUAGCGAGUCGACGAUUGCGUAAACUAGCGCCCCACUGCCGGCUCCAAUGAACUGGAAAGCAAGGUCUUUGACUGGGCUUAUUGUCUUAUUUUACUGGUAUCGUUCCCAUUAGGAGCAGUUAAAACAAUACCACAGGAAGGAAACCACUGGACACGGGUCCCAGACACCGCGCGUGAAAACUAUCCCACUGGCAAAACAAAAACCACUUCGUUCCACCAAUUUUAACCUUAGUAUAAAUAAACGGUCCAAUAUCGAAAUGACAACAGUCGCAAAACGUCGGUAACGAUCACAUCAGCACGAUGUUGUCAACUGUGUUCAUUCUAUCAGCUGUCGCAUUGGCGACGGCACAAGUGUUUCAUAAAGUUGAACUGGCGAACGAGAAGACACCCUACGACUAUGUGAAGGAACGUUUAGAAACAUUGGGAUCAGAGGCAAAAAGUGGUUUCCCUCUGUCUAACUCGUACGAAGUUGAAGAAAGUGAGGAUUACCCUGAUAAAUUAGAGGGAGCAGCAUCUACCAUCUUGAAUACUGUUAGUGGUGUUGGCGGAGUCGGCGGCGUUGGAGGUGUCGGCGGCGUGGGUGGUGUCGGUGGAAUUGGAUUGGGGCAAGGUAUAGGAUUGGGUGGAAUCGGCCAAUUAGGAGGUGUUGGAAUUGGCCAAGGUUUAGGACUCGGCCUCGGAGGAGUUGGUCUAGGUGGAGCUGGCGUUGGCGGCGUUGGUGGUGGAGUUGGCUUAAUCAAUCCUGGACUUGGCGGUUUAGGCGUCGGUGGAAUUGGCCUCGGCGGUGGUCUCCUGUAUCAUCCUUUAUUAGGAGCUCAAGUUGGAGGUGGAUACGUAGAUAAAAAAGCAUACGACGCAGCACAGAAAAAAGGAGCUGAUGAAAAUGUGGAGAAGCUUGAGAAGAAAGUAGAAGAAGAAGCCAAGCAUGGCCAAGAAGGAUUUCAACAAGCUGCAGCUGCUGCUAAGGCAGAAAAGGGAGAAUCUAGUUUCUACAAAGACGAGGAAGCAAAGAAGAAAGCCGCGGGAGACGAGAAGUAUUAUGAAGGAGGACAAAAGAUUGAUAAACAUGGCGCCAACGAAGAACAAUUAAAGAAAGCGAAGAGUCAUAAAAAAGGACACGUAAGCAAAGGUUUUAAAACAUCCAGUAGUAAGAACGAGGAGGAAAAAACUGAGAGCUUCUACGAUGAGGCGCAUGAUGAAGCAGAUCAUAAAAUCGCUGGACAAAACGCCGGUUCAUUUGGAGAGAACUCAAAGCAAGGCUUCAAGGGUGCCCACGAAGAGAAGAUCUUGGAUGCCAACGCGCAAGGCAAGGAAGGUCAUCACGUCUCUCAAGAGAAAAUUGAUGACAGCAAAGCAAACAAAGGUGAAUUUCUGCAAAAGGGCUACAAGGGCGGCGCCGAACAGCUGGAAAAAUUCAACAAUCUUGGCGCCCAUUCUGUCCAUGGACACCAGGAGGCGAGCGGCGGAUACCAACAAAACAAGGGAAUCUUACCUAUCCAUCGCCGUUAAACGAUUACCAACCAAAUGUACGCUUCGUGAAAUAAACGCUUUUUGAUUUUUUCAUUA